AUUCAUUUCCUUUCUUCUAGAUAAAAAGAAACAGAGACAUCACUUUCCCUUUUCCCAUUGCUAAUCGCAGACAUCACUUUUUCGUUCCUUUUUUUUAAUUGGAGACACACUCCAUCAAUUCUAUUGCUUCCGUCCUUUUCCGGCUAACACACACCAACAGGCAACAAUCGUCCAAAUAGCGGUUGGGUGGGUGGCAGGGGUUAUUUCCGCUUGGGUGGUGGUUGUUUCCGGCUUGUAGUAGCGGUGGCUGUUUCCGGUUGUGUAGGUGACUGUUGUUGUUUCCAGCUGGGUGGGUGGCUGUGGUUGUUCGGCUUGAUGGGUAGCGGUGGUUGUUUGGCUGGGUGGGUGGCGGUGGAUGUCCGGCUGGCUUAGGUGGUGGUGGUGGCGGACUAGAAGUUGGAGUUGUAGAUGUGGAGAAGGUUUGAGGAAGAUGAUACUUGGAAGGUUAAUGUGGUAUUUUUAGCUUAAGCUUUUGAUGGAAUUAAAAUCCAUCACAUUUACCUAAAGAAUCAGAUUCAGAAUGAGAGAUCUAUCCCUCCAUUCAUUAAAAAUCAACCGAAGAAGAAAAGGAGAAGAUGUUUUUAAUGAGGAGCCUAGUAGUGUUGAGAAAAUUAUGGAAAUCGAUGAGCACAUCGGGUGUGCCAUGAGUGGAUUAAUUGCAGAUGCCCGCACACUCGUUGAGCAUGCCCGCGUUGAGACUCAGUCUCGACCUUUUGGGGUAUCUCUUCUUAUUGCAGGCCAUGAUGAAAAUGGUCCCAGCCUCAGUACUUGCUUAAGGCACGUGAGCUCUUCAGAAAAUGAAGAAGUCUGUAUAUUAUACGGAUCCAUCAGGCACUUUUUAAUUGGCAAUGCACGCAAUGGAAAAGCUAUAGGCUCGGGCUCUGAAGGACUUGACACUAAAUUAAAGAAGCUGAAACAAUUGCUCUUUCCAUCUUGAAGCAAGUCAUGGAAGAAAAGGUAACUCCCAAUAUUAUGGAUAUUGCAAAGGUUGCUCCUACUUAUCACUUGUACACCCCGGCUGAGGUUGAAGCUGUUAUUAGUCGCCUAUGAAAAGGAAGUCCUAUCGACGAGUUGCAGGAUGGUCUUCAUUUGGUUUUCAACAUGUAUUUAGUACUAUCUUCUUAAGGUCUUUAUUCUGACUUUAUUCGAGUAUGGUAUUUGGACACAAGAUCCUUUUUUAUGUUCUGACAAAAUCAUGGAAUUAAAGUUUAUAGAAUGGUUCUACUUUCCAGAAACCAAGUAGUUUGUUGGUUAGAUGUGCACUCAUCCUAUCUGGAUUUUUUAAGAAUGUAUGAGAUUAUGUUGUAUGAUGCAUGCAAA